UUUUCCGAGUCACGCAUUUGUGGUUACUUCACUAUUUCCGGUGACUGGCCAAUUCGGCGAGCUGUAUUGGUUUACCAACGAUUACGGUGGAAAAAAUUCUAGGGUUUUCUGAUCGGAGAACUGGGUUUUUCUCUUCUCUCUUUAGAAGCUCUGGAUUCUUUUUUUUUUUUCUUUUAAAGAAGAAGCUGGAUUCUGGGUCGAACAAAAUCGAUUCUUUUGUUUUGGCUGUCCAACAAAUUUCAGGAUUGAAUACAUUUAUUAUAGCCUGCUAAGUUGAAUAUGACGAGGAACAACACGAGGAAGUCUGCCCUCGCUAACACAAUUGUGAACAAGGAAAUCAUUGUGAUUGAGUCAGAUACAGACACAGACACAGAUGAAGUUGGUGCUGGAAUGUUGGCUCUUUGUGGUGUAGGGAAUGCACCAGGGGAUGAUACUUUAGCUAAGAACCCAGAGAAGUCUGAUGUGGCUAAGACCAUUGUGAAGAAGGAAAUAGAGAUGGAAUCAGACAUAGAUGAAGUUGGUCCUACAAUGCUGGCUCUUUGUGUCCAAAUGGAUGAAUUAGGGAAUGGUUCAUUAGUUAAGACCCCCGAGAACUCUGCUGUGGCUAAGACCAUUUCGAAGGAGAAUAUGAUUGAGAUUGAGUCGGACACAGACACAGAUGAAGUUGGUGGUAGGAUGCUUGCUCCUUGUGGUGCCGAGAAUGCAUCAGCGGAUGAUGUUUUAGCUAACAACCCCAAGACUUCUGCGGUGUUUAAGACAAUUGUGACGAAAGAAAUAGAGACUGAGCCAAGCAUAGAUGAAGCUGGUGGUCGAUCGCUGGCUCUUGGUGAAGUGAAUGCAUCAGGGGAUGAUACUUUAGCUAAGAAUUCUGCGGUGGCUAAGGCCAUUGUGAAUCAGGAAGUUAUUGAGAUUGAGUCAGACACAGACGCAGGUGAAGUUGGUGGUAGAAUGCUGGCUCUUUGUAGUGCCGAGGAUGCAUCAGGGGAUGAUGUUUUAGCUAAAAAUCCGAAGAAGUCUGAGGUGGCUAAGACAGUUGUGAAGAAGGAAAUAAUUGAGAUUGAGUCAGCUACAGACACAGAUACAGAUGAAGUUGGUGGUAGAAUGCUGGCUCUUUGUGGUGAAGUGAAUCCAUCAGGGGAUGAUGCUUUAGCUAAAGAUGGCGAAACCAACAGAACCAAUAUGCAGAUUGUUUGUGCGGAUGAUUACGAUUCCGGUUUGGUUCAUGAUUUGGAAUAUCAAAAGUACUUGGCACAUUAUAGUGAAAUCGGGAAUCUAUAUAUGCUUGAUGACAAUGUUAGGGAUAGUUCUCCAGUGCGUAAUAUGUACAAUGUCGAUCAUGAAGUAUCUGAUAGAAGUAAAAGCAAAGCACUAAUAAUCAAGAAGAGUAGAGCAGGGAGAAAGGCGAAGUCGCCUAUGGUUUCUAGUGUAUCUAAGAGGUUGAAGAUUGGGAAUGGUAGUGCAGAUCAGAACUUGAUUUCGAGGACUGUCUUAAGGACCCAAGAAACACAACAAAUGAAAGGAAAUGCUCGACGUGGAAGAAAGAGUUCUGUAGCCAAGGACUGUAUCGAAUUAAAGCGUACAAGUUAUGUCAGAGAUACCAAACAAAAGAACGGAGAUGCUCGACGUGGAAGGAAGACUUCUUUGGCGAAGAAAGACGUCAUAUCAAAGCAUACGAGAAAUGAUGAGUCUCAGACGAUUUUUAGAGCUUCAAAGAGACUGAAAACUGAAAAUGGGAAAUCAGAUCAUAACUGGACUUCAAAGAGUAUCCCAGUGGUUAACACCAACGGUACCAAACAAACGAAACGAGAGGCUUUGCGGCGAAGGAAGACCUCUGUGACCAAGCACAAUGAUGAACCAAAGUUAUUUCACAUUUUCAAACUUGGCAAGAAGGAAAGUAAAGAGAGCCUAUCGUCAAUAGAGAAGAGCUAUUUAUAUUACGUAGCUUAUCUGAGAAAUUCUAUUACCAUUGUUAAAUCUGGUCGACAAGUAAAACCUGUGAAAGAUGUAGCGAGUUUGUCAGAUCCUGAUAUUAUUGCAGUCAGUGAUUACCCCUUUCCGGAUGGAGGCAAAACCCCAUUCGAGGCAACGAAAGACGGCAAAGUGAUAGAUCUUGAAGAUGGUGUUGAACUUGAACUUGAUGAUUUAUUCAACUCUUCGUUUAGCAAGAGGCUAAUUGAACUUCUCAGAAAUCCCUAUGAUGAAAAAGAGUACUUGCAACUCUAUACUGAGGCAUCACUCAAGAGACCAUUGACUCGGUCUAGACAGUUACGAGAUGGAAGAGAGAUUGAAUAUAAUGUUGAAGACCAGUUGGCACCGUCAUAUCUCGAAAAGUAUACAGAUUUCAACAAGAUUUAUCAUCGUUAUCAGAAGGAUCUUCCUCGAGCUUUAAACCUGUUGCGCGGAUUUUUCUUUUAUUUAGAGAACAUAGUUCUUGAAGGUGCAUUCAAACCCUGGCUGCAUGAAAAACGUUUGACAAGUUUGUGUGUUGAUGCUAGAGAAUGCAUAAAUAUUGUUGGCAACAAGUAACUCGGCACCACACUGCUCUUAAAGUACAUCUUAAGUGAAACUCAAGACUCUAUAAGAAAGUCUUGGAUAUGAAGCGAAACGAGAGAUCCUACAAGAUUUGUAUUUGUAAUCUCUAGGCUUCUUUUAGGUCCAUCACUGUAUGGUAGUAGUAGACUACUAGUAAUAGUAGUGGUAGUAGUUUAUGACUUCAUAUUAAUAGCUGCAGAUCUGUGUAGUAAUCUGCAGUUCUUGAUUUGUAAACUGUAGUAUUAUAUAUAUACUCUAUAAAUCUUGGAAGCGAACUAACAAAUUGAAGAAAGGCCUAAAAGCCAAGAUUU